AUGGCUCACAAAGCACCUCUAAUCGUCCCUGCGCUCAAGCGACACACCGCUACGGUCAUCGUGGCUCAUGGACUCGGAGACAGCGGGGCUGGCUGGAUAUUCCUCGCAGAGAACUGGCGCAGACGAAGCAAGUUUGAGGAGGUCUCCUUCAUCUUUCCGAAUGCUCCAAAUAUCCCAAUCUCCCUGAACAUGGGCAUGAGUAUGCCAGGAUGGUACGAUAUCAAAGAGCUGGGUAAUCUGGAUGGCCGCAGCGAGGAUGAAGAAGGCAUCAUCCAAUCUCAGAAGUACUUCCAUUCGCUCAUCGACCAGGAGGUUUCGAAAGGCAUAGCUGCAAACCGCAUAGUGAUCGGAGGCUUCUCGCAGGGUGGCGCAAUGUCCAUACUUUCAGGAGUAACAUACAAGGAGCAGCUGGGAGGCAUUUUUGGCUUGAGCUGCUACUUGCUCUUGCAGAACAAGAUCAAGGACAUGAUUCCAACCAGCAACCCGAACCAAAACACCCCCAUCUUUAUGGGCCACGGCGAUGCAGACCAAGUGGUCGCACACAAAUGGGGAAAGAAGAGUGCUGAAGAGCUCGAGAAGCAUGGAUACAAAGUUGACUUCAGGACCUACAAGGGCCUCGUCCACAGCGCCGAUCCCGAUGAGAUUGACCACCUCGAGUCAUACCUUAACCAACAAAUACCUCCGCUAGACAAAAAUUCAGAGUCAAGCGCCUGA